GAGAGAGAGAGAGAGCGAGAGAGGGAGAGGGAGAGGGAGAGGUAGAGAGAGCAGCCUGCCUGAUCGUCACAUUUCUUGCAGAGAUAACAUUACAGAGAAUGUCCAUGCUUCUUUAAGGAGACUCAGCGCUGUUCAAAUGGUUCAGAAAUACCCAGACUAAAAGGCAAAUAAGUAGCUCUUUGACACACCAUAUUGGACAUACAUAAAUGGAUGGACAAAGAGAUAUUACAUUCAGAAUUCACUUGUCAACCAGUGAGACGCAUCAGUGGAUAUAAUGGGCAACACAACACAUAAACCUUUAGAAGAUGUGACUCUACAGCCCGACCCUGUGGUGAGCAGGCAGUUCUUCACUCUGCACGGUGGCAGCGGUGGGAGAGGAGGUGGCGGGGGUUCGGUGGUAGAGAGGCGGACGUCGGCCCCCCCAGUGAUCCUCAGUCUGGAGUCGCCCAGGUUCCACCCUCAGGCCAAGGGGAAGAACAUCAGGCUGGACGGUCAGCUGAGACGAGCUACCAGGAAGAACAGCUUCUGCAACGGAAUCACCUUCAGCCAACGACCGGUUAGACUCUAUCAGAAGGUGCGUCUGCGUCUGUCCGGUGUACACAACGGCUGGAGUGGUGCUCUGCGGUUCGGUUUCACCAGUCUGGACCCGAGUGAGCUCAACUCCUCCAACAUCCCCAAGUACGCCUGUCCGGACCUGGUGACGCGGCCGGGUUACUGGGCCAAAGCCCUGCCGGAACGCCUGGCGAUCCGCAACAACGUCCUGUCCUUCUGGGCCGACAGACACGGCCGCGUGUUCUACAGUAUCAACGAGGAGGAACCCAUCCUCUUCCACUGUGGUCUGAGUAUAGGAUGUCCGCUCUGGGCCAUCAUAGACAUCUAUGGCCUCAUCCAGGAGGUUACACUGCUAGAGAGCAAGUUUGCAGAGAGUGUCGGGUCCAGUUGUCUGUCUGCGGCCCGUCUCAGUGCCUACCUCCCUCAGAGCAGCCACGACUCCGCAAACUACAACAACAACCAGCUAGAGAACAACCAGGCCGCCGCGAAGAUGGCCACGUUACAGCUCAACAACAAAGCCACUGCGAAGAUGGCCACUGCGAACUACAGCUCAAAUUCUCUCAACAACUACAGCCAGAUGAUCCCCUGUUGUACCACAUCUUCCUCCUCCAUAACAUCAUCAUCAUCAUCCGUCCCAUUCUCCACCCCCCGGUUGGUCCGAGCUGGGCUCCCCUCGCCGCUCGACACCGACCUCCACUUCCAUCCAGUCCAUGGCCCGGACGUCAUCCUGUCAGCUGACCGCUCUGCAGCGUGUAUCCACUUCCUUGACUCUUCGAGGACUCUGGUGUUCUCAGAUCGCCCCCUAAGGGUCAGGGAGACGCUCUACGUCGAGGUCGGUCAUCUCGGCCUGCCCUACUUCGGGGCGCUCCUUUUCGGACUGACCUCCUGCGAUCCGGGGUCCCUCCAUGCUGGGGAACUUCCUGCCGACCCAGAGGUGCUGCUGGACAGGAAGGAGUACUGGGUGGUGUACCGCGGCUUCCCCAUGCCCUGCUCCGGGGACGUUCUGUCCUUCAGCCUGACACCCAGCGGUGAGGUGCAUCAUGGGGUCAACGGGGCGGCCAGAGGGAGGCUGCUGUGUGUCGAUUCAUCACAGAAACUAUGGGCCUUCUUUACCCUGCAUGGAGCGGUCAACAGACUCAGGAUACUGGGCACGCUCCAGUCCAGCCCUUCCUUCCUUUCCUCCCAGACCAGUAGUAGCAGUAGUAGUCCAGACGACAGUGAUUCUGACCUGGCCUUCAGCGUCAACAGAUCCUCCUCCGAGUCCUCCCUGGUGACUGCCCCCAGCUCCCCUCUCAGCCCCCCUGUCUCCCCCACGCUGUCUCCCCCACCCUGUCUCCCCCACACUGUCUCCCCCACCCUGUCUGCCCCAGAGCUGCCUUCUGGUGGUAAGAACGGGGAGUGCACCGUCUGUUUCGACCAGGAAGUGGACACAGUCAUCUACACCUGCGGUCACAUGUGUCUGUGUAACAACUGUGGGCUAAAGCUGAAGAGACAAGUGAAUGCCUGCUGUCCUAUCUGCCGCAGGCCCAUUAAAGACGUCAUCAAGACAUACAGACCAUGAGAGGACUGGGACAUUACUGGGACAUUACUGCAGCAGGCCCAUUAAAGACGUCAUCAAGACAUACAGACCAUGAGACGACUGGGACAUUACUGGGACAUUACUGGGACAUUACUGGGACAUUACUGGGACAUUACUGCAGCAGGCCCAUUAAAGACGUCAUCAAGACAUACAGACCAUGAGAGGACUGGGACAUUACUGGGACAUUACUGGGACAUUACUGCAGCAGGCCCAUUAAAGACGUCAUCAAGAAAUACAGACCAUGAGAGGACUGGGACAUUACUGGGACAUUACUGGGACAUUACUGCAGCAGGCCCAUUAAAGACAUCAUCAAGACAUACAGACCAUGAGAGGACUGGGACAUUACUGGGACAUUACUGGGACAUUACUGCAGCAGGCCCAUUAAAGACGUCAUCAAGACAUACAGACCAUGAGAGGACUGGGACGUUACUGGGACAUUACUGCAGCAGGCCCAUUAAAGACGUCCCAUUAAAGACAUCAUCAAGACAUACAGACCAUGAGAGGACUGGGACAUUACUGGGACAUUACUGCAGCAGGCCUAUUAAAGACGUCAUCAAGACAUACAGACCAUGAGAGGACUGGGACAUUACUGCAGCAGGCCCAUUAAAGACGUCAUCAAGACAUACAGACCAUGAGAGGACUGGGACAUUACUGGGACAUUACUGGGACGUUACUGCAGCAGGCCCAUUAAAGACGUCCCAUUAAAGACAUCAUCAAGACAUACAGACCAUGAUGUCUGGGACAUUACUGCAGCAGACAUUGUCUAGAGCAGGGAUAUUCAACUCUGACCCUACCAGAUCUGGAGUACUGCUGGUUUCCUGUUCUACGUGAUAAUUCAUUUCACACCUGAGGUCCCAGGUCUAUAUCAGUCCUUGAUUAGAGGGGAAUAUUUUUUUUUAAAGCAGUGAAACUGGCUUUGAGGUCCAGAUGUAUAUUUGAAGGCUAUAGAGACAGACUGGACACCAUUUCAACAGGCUCAUCAAGGUCAUCAUUAAGCCUGACCAUCCAUGAGAGGACAAACUACUGGGACAGGGCUCUGUCUGCACCCCAGAGACGUCUCUUACCAAACUAGACAUUCUGCACUACGGCAGGUCCAUCACGGACCUCCCACAUCAAGACAUAUUGGCCCUGAUAGACUGGACACACUAUGGCAGGUCCAUCACGGACCUCCCACAUCAAGACAUAUUGGCCCCGAUAGACUGGACACACUGCAGCAGGUCCAUCACGGACCUCCCACAUCAAGACAUAUUGGCCCUGAUAGACUGGACACACUGCAGCAGUCAGGCAGGGCCUUGAAAGAGCAGGCAGACUCUCUCUCUCUCUACCCGAGACUCUCUCUCUCUCUACCCGAGACUCUCUCUCUCUCUCUACCCGAGACUCUCUCUCUCUCUCUACCCGAGAC